UGUUUGGUAUGGUGCUGUCUAUGUGUGAUGUUUGGUAUGGUGCUGUCUAUGUGUGAUGUUUGGUAUGUUGCUGUCUAUGUGUGUUUUUUGGUAUGGUGCCGUCUAUGUGUGAUGUUUGGUAUGGUACUGUCUAUGUGCGAUGUUUGGUAUGGUGCUGUCUAUGUGUGA